UUAUUUUGUGGGCAAGAAUAAGCAAACAAUACUGGGCUCAAGUUCCUAGGCUAGGUUGGUUUAGGUUCGUAAAUUUAGUUUCUUUGUUAUUACCGGGCUGCAUGCACAUACAUUGUUCGAUCAUUUGCCCCGGAGAACUUUGAUAUUUUUUUUUUUGUUCGUCCGUUUACACAAAUUUUCCUCCAGUUGUUUAAGCAGCAAAGAAAAAAGAAAAGCCCGCCAUUAUUUAUUUUGGGUUUUGCUCAACGAUCAUAGAAUUUUAUUGAUCUUACAGGAUUCAAAUUUGUUUCAAUAGAGUGGAGGUGGUAGUAGUUUAAUGGCGUCCAAUGCAAUUAAAUCAGGGGCAUUGGUUACUUUACCAGAGCUUCAACCAUCAUCUGAGUUUUUUAAGGAAGGAGCUUCACUUAGAGUAACCGGAAAGCUGCAAGAGUAUUCCGUGGAGACUGCCAUAGCUGUUAUUGCUGAUCAAGGUGCCACCCUAAAGGUAGAUACUCAGCACUUGAGGGAACUUAGCUUCCGAAUUGGCUCCAUAUUCCAAUUCAUUGGUGAACUCAAUAUUCAACCCAACUAUGAGGCAAUCCUGCAAGCACGUACUGGUAGGAAUGUUGAUGGUAUUGACCUUGAUCUCUAUUAUCAGUCUUUGCAGCAAUUAAGACAGUUCCAAGCCAAACACAUGAAAAAUGCAACUACUUAAAUGAAGUUUUAGAUUUGAAUGGACUAGCUAGUGAUUUCAAGUACAACCAGGUAAGCUGGCACAUCAAAUUUGGGUUGCUCUUACAGUAGUGAUGCUGUCAGGAUCUAUCGAUGAUUGAUGCAAAACAUGGUUUUUCUUUGUUGGCCACACAACACAUGGAUUGGUUUUAUUCUGCAUUUUUAUAGAGAAAAUAUCUUCUGUCAUCUUGUUUGUUGUCAUAUGGCCUUUAGUGAUGUAUUCUAGUAGAUAAAGCAAUCAAAAGCAUGACUUAUGUGCUUAUUUUGAUGAUUUCAGAACUGAAUUAAACCUUGGUUAAAUCUUCUUAGGUCAAAUCUUAGAGAUUGCCAUGAGAGUGUGGUUUUUUGCU